AUGAGAACAAGUAGUCAUCAUCACGACGAGAACAACGACAACGACGACGACGACGAGAGGAUUAAACUCGUCGUCUGGGACUUUGACAUGACCAUUCUGAGAAUACACUCGUUCGCCAAACGCAUUUCCGCGUUGGACGUUCCGAGAAGAGAUUACGAGAGAGACUGCGCGGAUGCGAAUUUCUUCCGAGCGUUUUUACGAGAGAUGAAACAGAAGUCAAUCAAAGUUGCGAUUGCCUCGUUCGGAAAGAGAGAGGUGAUUGAAACGUACUUGAAAUGUUUAGUGGACGGGAAGAAAGGAGACGAGGAUUUAGCGGAGUACGCGUUCAAUGAGAAAAAGAAAAGCAUAGUGACGCCGAACGACGUGGGCGGAACAGACGGGUGUUCCAUGAAGGACAAAAGUCGGAUGUUGGAUGCGUUGACGAAACGGUACGUGUUGUCGAUGAACGAGGAAGAUAUUAGUAGUGCACAAGGAGAGGACCCGGUCGAAUCGUCGUCGGCGGCGUCGUCUUUGUUAGGAAAAGCUAGGAAACAAGUUGUGUUUUUUGACGACGACGAGGACAACGUAAACGCGGCGAAAAAGUUAGGAUACGCGUACGCCGUGCACACGCCGAACGCGUUCGAAAGAGAAAGUUGGAGAGAGUUGUAUUGGAAAAUACCAAAGUUGAGAGAGUUGUUUCCGGAAGUUGACGAAAAUUUGACGCACUCGAAGACAAGGAAAGUUUUACAAAUGUAA